GCUCGCACGGAUCGGAUGUGAAAAGCGGUUGGAAAAUCGCCCAGCGCCUCGCGUAUCGUUUCGUUUUGAGUUGGAAAACCCGCGUUUGAAAAUACACCAACCACAACAACAAAAAUAAUCAAAACAAUAUAAUAUACUCGAUAUAUAUUUAUGCAAUGUGUGUGCCUGCGAUUCGUACACAAGUUUUAUGGUGGAAAAUAUUUGAAAUCUGAAAUAUUUGAAAGAGAAAAAUCGCAUGUGCUUGUUUUUCGGUUUCGCAUUCACUUCACAACUGAAAUCUAUCUAAAAAUAACGGAAAACAAGGAAAAAGAAAGUGAACAAGUGCACAAAAUUAUCUCGCUAUAUAUACAUAUAUAUAUAUAAAGUGAGCCGCCAUCACAAUUUUCUUUUUAUACCAAUUAUCGAUCAAAUACAUAAGUAGUGCCGCCAACAUACAUUUUCCGAAUGGAUUCUCCAGUUUGGUGACCGACCACAAACAAGGACGCUGGAAUUAGAAUUAGUAUCCUGCAGGAAUAGGUGUCAACAGUCGAAAUACAGAGUGCACCACAAACAAACUAAAGUCACACACCAUCCCAAACUCAGAUUAUGAAUUAUGCAACCAAGCAUCCACAGCAGCAAAAUAGAGCAACUAGAGCCGCAGCACGAACUGCUUAAUGCACACAAGUAGCAAGCCCUAGCAACUUGACCGAACUCGUUACGGAAAAUUGCCGGCGAAGACCACAGAGCACCGGACACACCGGACACCAACGGAAAUUUCCCAGGAGUUGGCCCAAACGAGACCGAGACUCAACUCGCCAUGGUGGACGACAUCUCGCCGAUGCAUCAUCGGAUGCAGAAGAAGACGCGCAGCGCCUCCAUUUGUGCCACCGGCGCCAGCAUCGAGACGGUCAUCCAUGGAAUGCCCGGCGCCUCCGGCAGCGCCACGCCCGAGGGCGGUACUCCCGGCUACCGGCGACGCCGGCCGGCAACGCGCUCCCAGAGCGCCCGCAUCACCUCCGGCGCCAGAUCGGUCCGGCAGAAGACCAAGGCGCAGCAGCAGCAGCAGCAACAGCAGCACACGCUCCAGGAGACCCGGAGCUACUGCACCAGUGAGCCCCGGCUGAGCGAGACCGAGACGCCUCCGCAGCGCCGCAAGCUAUCGCAGCGGAGGCCACAGACGCACGCACACAGAAAAUCGAACGCCUUCCUGGACGUGCCCACCAUGAACAUGCAUCACCUGCGCGUCAACGACGACGACGAGGAUGUGGACAGAUUGCGCACUUUCAGCGCCUCCAAGGGAGGUAUCAUCAAUCGAGGUGACUCCUUCCGUCGCCGGCGCUCGAGGAGCAACAGCCUGGCUCCAUCCAGUCCCAUGCACACACGCAACGGCGUGGGCGGACUGGGGGGCGUGGCCGGGGGCGGAAGCAGCCUGGGACUGGGUUGCGGCUACAAUGGCGGCAGCAGCAGCAACGGAUUCGGAAACGCCAAUGCCCAGGAGAAUCACCAGCCGGUGGAAUUCUAUCGCGUCGAAAUGCUGGGUUCCGCGGGCGUGGGCAAACAGGCUCUGCUUUCGCAGUUCCGCACCUCGGACUGCAUCAAUGCCUACGAUGGACCUGAAUGCGACGAUGCCGAGCAGAACGUCUCAAUCAUCUUGAAUGGCACCGAAUCGGAACUGAAGUUCCUCACUGGAAAUCCAGAGAGCAAGGACGAACUGGAGCAGGCGGAUGCCUUUCUGGUGGUCUACUCCUGCAUUGACAAGGAGUCCUUCACGCGGGCCAAGCAGAUACUAUCGCGGCUGCAGGACAUGGACCUGCUGCGCCAUCGACCCACCAUCCUGGUGGCCAACAAAAUUGAUUUGGCCCGCUCACGCGCCGUUUCCGCCCAGGAUGGCAAAUGCGUGGCCUGCACGUUCGGAGCCAAGUUUAUCGAGGUCUCCGUGGGCAUCAAUCACAACUGUGACGAGCUACUGGCCGGCACGCUCACCCAGAUUCGACUCAAGAAGGACCAGGUGCAGUUGCAGCUAAAUCCGAAAAAAUCAAAAGAUAAAGAUAAAAACAAAUUUAAAGAAAACACAAACAUAGAGACUGUAGAAACUGAUAACUGUCUGACUGAUCUUAAAGCCGACGACGGGGGACCGAGGGACGCCAAUUCGCCGGCGCACUGGUAUAAAAGCCGCAGCGUGAUGCUGGCCAGCAUGAAGGCCCGCCAGAUGCUCACCUGGAUCCUGGGCAAGGAGGACUCCAAGUUCAAGCACUGCGAGAAUCUGCAGGUGCUCUAAAAGGGCAAAUCGAUCCAAUCUAUAGGUCUAUAUAUACAUAUAUAUAUGUACUUAGCGGCUAAGUGUGUUGAUAUGUGAAUAUGUGUAUAGCCGGCGGGAGCGGGCCGAAAGCUUUAUCUCUAAGUGCUCCAGAUGGGCUCAUCCAAUAUGUAAACAGGUUUCGAGAUUUCGAAGCUCUCCAAUUCGCCUGUAAACAGCCAUUUGCAGCCAGCUAUUUGUAGUGUCCAACGUAAGCCUGAUAAUCAAAAAUUAAAUCAAAUUUAAUGUAAAACAUAGGGACGUACAUAUGUGUGUGCAACGCUUGCAGCGACUAUGCGUAUGAGCAACUUAAUGGAACCAAGCGAAAGGAGCAAAACCAAAUAUUCUAACUAAGCCUAACUAAGCUAAACUAAACUAAACCAAACAGAACAGAGAACAACACUACUUAUGUACUUAACUAGCAACUUUAGUAACUUUUCUAAGCCAGGAGCAAGGGGUGUGGGGGGUUUGAAUAUUUUUCAUAAGCUGGCUAGCGGCUUAGCUGUUUACAAGCAGAGUAAAGGUGUGCAAAAUGUUCCCAGCAAACAAGAUAGUUAUAUAUACUAUAUAUGUAACCGAAGAGUAACGAUUUUCAUAUAAGAUUUAUAUAGGGUAUGUGUUAAAGUCGGAUUGCAGCACUUUGUUAUUUUCGUUUUCAGCAGCUUAGGGAAGUCUUACAGGGAUUUAGCUAGCUGCGUAGACAGAUUUAAAAAAUAAAUACAUAAAAAAAAGAAAUAGCCCUCGAUGAGUGUCCAUCGUAUAUAUAAAUAUAUAUAUAUUUAUAUUGUAGCGUUAGCAGUCAAUAUUCUUUGUGUCUUCCUUAGUCGAAUAUGUAUGUGUGUGUCGGUGUGUUUAUAUUAGGAAUCCUUCCAAGAAAUAGUGCAAUGCAAGGAAUUCGCGUGUCCUCCACAAAAGCCUUCAAGUAAAUGUGCUCAAAGUGGAAACAUGAAAAGUAACUACAAUAAUAUACUUAACUCUAAUGGGAACUACAUAGAUCGGUGUGUACAUAUGCUUAAUCACGUGUGUAUAUUUGCAAGGCGCAUAGGCUCAACCAAAUGAAACAAUAAAAUAUUU